AUGUUAUCGGAUAAAUUCACACUCGACUUCAAGCUCAUGGAUGCGACGAAGACCGAGAGUACACGGCAUAGCCUCGUUCUUCGCCAACAAGGUCAGGAUCAUAUCAUUGGGCAGGUUGUGCUACGACUGCAGGAUUGUGAGAAUGCUGUCGCUUCCGGUUCUGAUGAUAGUGAGGGGAUGCGACUUAGCCACGAUCGACGAGACAAACAACGACUGGGUUGA